AAAUCUUAGUCGGGGACAGCCUUAGUCCAGCGCUCCCACAAUGUAUUAUCAAUGCUCGCAUUUAGGCGACUAUUCAUUUCCCUGCCUAAGCUGAUAUCAAACUUAAAGCCCUGAACUGUAGUGUGAGGAGACCGGGGAUGAAAGUAACACGGGGUUAGUUGUAACACUGUCAGUUUGACCAAUUAGAAAAGAACUACGGUGAUGUCAUCAAUAUCGUAGACUCCCAUUUCCUUUUCAAACUCACAUGAGAAGUGGCAUGUCUCUGUUAGCAACACUGUGAAUUUUACAACCAAAAAACGGAUUUUCAGAGACCCUGGAUGGACUCAUAGUUCCACUCAGCAACUACAGAGGAAUGGUCCUUCUCAUUGUGAACCUUGCCACCUUCUGAGGGUCAACAAUAGAGGAGUACCACAGGUUGAAUGCACUAAUGGAAAUGUUUGGUGACCGCAACUUCACUGUCCUGGGAUUCUCCUGCAAUCAAUUUGGUCUUCAGGCACCUGAGGGAAAUCAUGAAACUCUCAAUAUUCUAAAGUAUGUGAGACCUGGUGGAGGGUUUGUCCCCAAGUUCCCUGUAUUUGGCAAGAUUGAGGUUAAUGGAUUAAAUGAAGAACCUCUUUUCAUUUAUCUCAAGGACUCUUUGCCUUUUGUAAAUUCUGUUAUUGGAGAUAUAAGGAAAUUGUACUGGUCACCAAUUAAAGUCAAUGACAUACGUUGGAACUUUGAGAAGUUUCUAAUUAAAUCAGACGGUGAGCCUUUCAGACGGUAUGAACUUCAUGGCCCCAUUGAAGAGGUGGAGAGGGAUAUUGCUGAACUUAUUUAAAGGAAAUAGUCUUAGAGGCAGUUUUGCCAGCAGCAGAUUGACGAUCCCUCAGUAAAUGCAGACCUGCACCUGAGUAGAUCUGAUGGGUGAAAGAAAAGGACUCAGAGUUUCAGUGCAUUCACUCCGAGGACCACCAGCUGCUGGUGAUGGAAUUUGUCACUAACAGGUGUAAAUGCUACAUUAUCUCCAAUUUUUGAGGA